AUGACUAAUGUUGAUUUGAGUAAAUUUAGUGCAAAGCAGCAGCAACUGAUACUGCAAUGUUUGGCUAUCACCAACCAAGUUAACCAGAGCAAGAAUAUCGGUAGCGGCUCACAAAAUAAAUACUCGAGGAGAAAGGAUUGUUCUCAUAUACCAUGCAAAUUUUACAUGGUGGGUUCCUGCCAAGCUGGGCAGUCGUGUCCAUUCUCUCACCAGACACAGACAAUUGAAAGGGCCUAUAGCACGCCAUGCAAAUAUUAUCAAAAAGGGUAUUGUAAAUUUGGUGAUAGGUGUAUUAAUCUCCAUAUCCAUGAGGAUCAAAAUGAAAAGUAA